AUGCCACUCACACACCCAAGGCAGGUAAAUCGGCUAUACUCUCAGGUUGACAACCCCAAUUACAAAGUGGCUUGGCUCGCCGCCAUGGCUACUGGUCCCACUCCUCCGCGCCGGCUCAUACCGCGGGUGACAGUCGGAGGCUUCGUCCUUUGCUGGUUGGCACAGGCGUGCAUGGCUGACCAUCCGCAGGUCGACGGCGACCCGGCGUCGGCAUCGCCGCUUCUUGGUGUGCGCCGCGCAAUUCAGUCAAUCGUCACGGUCGGGAAGAAUGGGCGCGAGUUCGUCCCCAACAUUACCAGUGCAUGGGCGGGAGAUGUGAUCGAGUUCCACUUCUACCCUGGCAACUACAGCGUCGUCAGGUCAGCCUACAUGUUUCCCUGCGUUCCCUAUGAGAAUACGGGCACGGGAAGGCAGGGGUUCUGGUCGGGUUUUAUCGACAACAAAAGCCCGUCUCCGGCAAAAUGGCGCCUUACCCUCCCCGACUCGAAUGCUGUAUUCUUCUAUUCUUCGGCUGGAGACGACUGCAACAGAUACGCCAUGGUGGGAGGAAUCAAUGUCAUGGAGGACCAGCUACAAAUGCAACACGACAUGGCCUUAGACUCACCAUCCGUCGUCCAGCCAAGCGCCGCCUCCCAUCCCACCGUUAACAGCAUGCCGUCAGGUUCAGCGUCCAGAGAUCCACAAGCUGCGCAGUCAGAGAUGCCAAUUGGCAUCAUCGUGGGGGGUGUACUUGGAGGUGUGGCGGUGCUAGCAAUCAUCAUUGGUGCCAUUUUCUACUUGUGUGGGAGUAGAAGCCGGAAAUCAAGAGCAAGUCAGCCCGAACAUGGAGGCUCGGCAUCAUCGAUGAUGCGGCACAUAAAGGAUGAAGGCGGAGGAGGACAUGCAAGCGGCGGCUCCUCAUCAGCGGGAAAGGGCUCAAAUGCAGGGAGCGGUUAUGGUCAGUACCAACAUCAUACUCGGAUUGCCCGCACUUCGUCUUCGACUUACCAACCAACCAGAGCCGGCGAUGGUACCGCUGACGGAACCCGUGACGGAGACACCCAGGACUACGAGAAACGACACGGCACCGAUGGAUGGCAGCUUGAAGACGGCCAGCUCAGCAUCUUCAACAACCCGCACCAUCACCACCACAGCCCGCCCGUGGGGUCCCCGGUACUGCAGCAGCUUCGGCAAGUGGCAGCAAUCCCGACCCCGCCCAUCGUCGACGGCGACACCAUCUAUGUGCCGGUCCACCGCAGCACCAUCAUGUCAGCCGACUACGGCGGCCCGCCGCCGAGCCACCACACACCACCGAGGUCGCCACCCCCGAACUCGCCCGUGAGCAUGGCGGCGCAGAUGCUUCACCGGCGGUGGCUGGCGCAAGAGCAGAUCGACGUGAGCGAUGCCGAGAGCGGCGUGUUUGGCAUCGGCGUCAGGAGGUUCCCGAGCACUAGGUCGGAGGAGCCCAGGUCGUCAACCCUGCCGACUUUGCAAGGCUCGAAGACGGCAGACAACGCAGCCUCGCAUCAAGGCAUGGGGGCCGCACCCACUGCUCCGCAGUCCCCGCUGCCGCCACUCCCCGACGUAGCAGAGGCGAGGCGUGGAGAGGAAGCCCCGGACGUUGGUCAGCACGUAGCUACCGCAGUGACCACAGCCAGCGGCUCGCCUGAUCACCAGGGCAAACCCGGCGAUCUCGCGUCCCAAGAAUCACCAAGUGCCGGCACCAUGCACGUCAGUGGCGCCGGUGACGUGUCCAGCCCUGGCGCAGUGGCGACGGCGAGCCACUCGCUUGCAGGCUAUGCGAACCCAACAGCUCGUGGUUGA